UGCGCCGCUUAGGGAGUAUCGUCAGUUCCGGUGUGGCGGCAAUGGAAAGCGCCGGAAAUGGUCCCGUCCCGUUACUGGUCCUAGUCCUUGCCUGGAACGGACGGGUGACUGUGGCGGGUAUAGCUAGGAAGACGGGCAGGCACCAUGGUGGAGGAAGUGCAAAAGCACUCUGUGCAUACCCUUGUAUUUAGAUCUUUGAAGAGAACGCAUGAUAUGUUUGUGGCUGACAAUGCAAAACCUAUACCACUGGAUGAAAGGAGCCACAAAAUAAAGAUGUCAGUUAAACUACAUACGGAAUACAGUUCUGUGCUGCACAUGCCUGUCUUGAAAGAAAAUGCUCGAGAGAAGGGCUCUCACCAUGUCAUUGAUUCCUAUGGACAUAAGCAGUAUCUUCAAAAUCAAGGAGAAGAUAAUGAAUAUUUGAUAACAGGAACGCAUCCAUAUCCUCCUGGACCUGGAGUGGCCUUGACUGCAGACACGAAAAUCCAGAGGAUGCCUAGUGAAUCAGCAGCUCAGUCAUUAGCUGUUGCACUGCCGCCACCUCAGUCCAAAAUAGAAGCAAAUCGAACUGCUGCUGGUAUAGGUGAUAUAUACAGACAUGCUGGGAUUCCUGAACGUUCACAGCUUCCAGGUUUAACUAUGGCUAUGAUGGAAGCAGGUGGGAACAAAAACUCUGCAUUGAUGGCAAAGAAGGCUCCAACAAUGCCAAAACCACAGUGGCACCCCCCAUGGAAGCUGUACAGAGUUAUCAGUGGUCACUUGGGCUGGGUGAGAUGUAUUGCAGUAGAACCAGGAAAUCAGUGGUUUGUUACUGGUUCUGCUGACAGAACUAUCAAGAUCUGGGACCUUGCUAGUGGCAAAUUAAAACUCUCUUUGACGGGGCAUAUUAGUACAGUUCGAGGUGUAAUAGUAAGUGGAAGAAGUCCAUACCUCUUCUCUUGUGGAGAAGAUAAACAGGUGAAAUGCUGGGAUCUUGAAUAUAAUAAGGUUAUUAGGCAUUAUCAUGGUCACUUAAGUGCUGUCUAUGGCUUGGAUUUGCACCCAACAAUAGAUGUACUUGUAACAUGCAGUAGAGAUUCAACUGCACGUAUUUGGGAUGUGAGGACAAAAGCUAGUGUGCAUACAUUGACAGGACACACAAAUGCAGUGGCAACAGUGAAAUGCCAAGCAGCGGAACCACAAAUUAUCACAGGAAGUCAUGACACCACUAUACGGCUCUGGGACUUAGUGGCAGGAAAAACACGUGUCACUUUAACUAAUCACAAGAAAUCAGUAAGAGCAGUUGUACUGCACCCAAGACAGUACACAUUUGCAUCUGGUUCUCCAGAUAACAUUAAACAGUGGAAAUUCCCUGAUGGCAGUUUCAUCCAAAAUCUUUCUGGCCAUAGUGCUAUUAUUAAUACGCUGGCUGUGAAUUCAGAUGGAGUUCUGGUUUCUGGAGCUGACAAUGGCACUAUGCAUCUUUGGGAUUGGAGAACUGGGUACAACUUCCAGAGGGUACAUGCAGCUGUACAGCCUGGCUCUUUGGACAGUGAAUCUGGCAUAUUUGCUUGUGCAUUUGAUCAGUCUGAAAGCAGACUUCUUACUGCUGAAGCUGAUAAAACUAUAAAAGUCUACCGAGAAGAUGAUACUGCGACUGAAGAAACUCAUCCUGUCAGCUGGAAACCAGAAAUCAUCAAGAGAAAACGAUUUUAAUGAGAAUCCACCUGCAUAGCAGUGCCAUAAUUCUGACUCUGACUAGGACAACAAAGCCUGAACUCUGCCAAAGUCAUUGCUUUGUUCAGUUUACAGUUUUUAUAUUAUAUAUGGCUUCCCUCUAGGAUUUUAUCCUCUUCCUGAUCCCAGGAAAUCAGCUGCAGCUGUUAUACAUGUCUGAAGAAGUCAGAGCUAGUUUAAUAAAAUGGUAAUGUGCUGGUGAUUAUUAUUAUUAUUAUUAUUAUUAUUAUAGUCACCAAAUGUGUGCAUGUCAUUCUGUGUGGGCAGAAGGUGAUGACCCUCCUCUUCUCCUGAGGUUCCCCCCCCCCCUUUUGCUUAGUACUCACCACACUGAAAUGAUCGAGGGGAAGAAAGAGCCAUUGUAUUAAUGAUUUGUUUCCUUAAUACAAUGAGCUGCUUUUCAAAGAGCUGUAAUGCAAUAAAAUAUAAACUUCAUUUCUACUUUGUUCCUGGGCUUCAACAACCAGGAUGUGGAACUGAGCUUUUGUGCUUUUUAUGUGGUGAAUGUGUUGUUUCAAAGUCACCAUUUUCAUUUUUGCCUUUCCUAUAUCCUACUUAAUUUUUUAAUGAAAUGACAUUUUAAAAACACUUUGACUUGUCUCUCUUCUUUCCUUUUUCAUGAUCCCAGCAAAACGUUUUAAUACUCCUCAGAGGUCAUCGAAUAAAAAUUCUGAAACAACACGUGUGUUUUGGCUGGGAUUCAAACAGCUUAGUGGAAAUUGCUCCCAUUCAUGGUGAGAAGACAUUUCCAAUUUUGCUUUCUGACUACAGCCCUUUGCACUGUACUAAAUCCUGUUCCAUUAGGUUCUGAGACCUUCAGGUGAAGUUUUUGAGGAGGUGUGGGAGGCUGCACUGGGAUGAAGGAAAGGCACCAUUGCACACUUGACUCUUUGGAUCCUGCCUACUAUUUGAAAAACACACCCUUGUUCAGGGCUGCACAGUUUGGCCCUCCUGCAGAUGUUGGACUACAACUCCCAUCACCCCUGGUGGUUGGCCACUGUGGCUGGGGAUGAUGGAAGUGUAAUCCAACAACAGCUGGAGGGCCAAAGUUGUGGAGCCCUGCCCUAGAUGGACAAAGGUCACAUCCUUCCAUUUUGUUGAUAAUUCCAUUUUUGCACAAGUUGCAAAAAAGGGGGGUGGGAGUUGGGUAUAUUUAGCAUCUUGUACUGUUGUACUGGAGUUAACAAGGGUAUAUGUUACAGAUGCCUAUCUAUGUAGACAUUUAAUAUUUCCAGUGAAAUACUUGGUUUGUAAAACCAGCUAUUAUCAACCUAAUUCCCAUAAAAGCUCGGAAACUAUAGAUGGGCGUGAUGUCAUUAAUUUAAAUGAGUUGUGCAUUUUAGAUAAAUGCUUAGUUACAAAUAGUAUGUAUUUCAAGUGACCACUAGUAUGAUACUAUGGUUUUUAAAGUGUGAACUCUUGAAAGAACUUUUAACUUUAACUUAAUAUUCUCAGCAGUUAUAUAAAUUCAGCUCCUAAUAGUGCUGAAGCUUGGAGUGCAGGUAGGAGGGAUGUGCACGAAAUGGAUCUUGCAUUCUGUUCCAAGCUCAGAACAGAACACAAGAUCCGUGGACCGUUCACUCAGAACAACCGGUCGGGCUGGUUGUUCCAACGGAAUGACCCCAUUCUGUCAGAAUGUGAUGAGUGCCAUCUUAGAAUCCAAAAUGGCGCUCUUCUGGCCUCUGUGCACGUGCAACAGCCAUUUGCAUGGUCAACACCACUACAGAAAUGGCCGUCGCACAUACGCAGAGACCAGAAGAGCUCCAUUUUGGAUUCCAAAAUGGUGCUUAGAACAUUCCAAGCUCAGAACGGGGUAGUUCUGUGAACUGUUCUGCAUAUCCCUAGCAAGUAGCAUUAAAAUAAACGAAUUUACUCUUGAGUUAGUUGUACAUUGAGUUGGCAUAUGGUUGCCUUCCUUAAUUUCCUGUUUCAUGACAAACUAUAUUUUGCCAUUACAUUCAAGUUGGGUAAUCUAUUAUUUAAAAGAGAUAAAAACAAAACAGGACCACAGCAAUUUCAUGUUUGGGUGAAAAAUUAUACAAUCUAAAUCACCCAAAGAGGCUAUUCACACGGGCAGCCAAGCCCAGGGGUGUGUGGGUGCGGGCUGCAGGCAAACCCGCUCACACACAGAGCUGGGCAGCAAGAGCACCCAGAAGAGGGAGGAUCCCUCAGUGAACCAUUGGCACAGUGCAUUGAGGGAUGCUGGAGGACUUCCUCCUCCAAGCUAAAGUACUACUUAGAAAGCCACUGUUCUAAUAAGACAGUGCUGCGAUACUUUUAGCAACUGAAGGAUGCCACUUGAACUAAAAUCAGUUGCAUUUUUUUCCAGAAAGAUUUUUUAACUUCUUUCUUUGUUGGUGACCAUGUCUGUAUAUGAUGAUGUUUAAGGAAUGACCAUUAAUGCAGGACUGAACAAAUUUUCUUUGGUUCUUAAGAGCCAGUCCAAAAAUUUAGGAGUUGGACUGCCCUCCACUCUAUGGGGAGAGCCAGCUCACUGCUCACUUCCAGCCAUUCCUGGUCCUCCAUGGGAAAGUGGACUAAACUUCCUUGCUUGCCUUCCCCUUUCUUGCUCACUCCUGCCUUGGGUCACAUCAGACAGGCAAUGGACUGAAACAAACGCAAGAUUUCAGUUGAUUUUGAUAGGAACAGCAAAAGGUUGCUUGUGUUGAUGUAAAAAAUUGCCAUUACUUCUUGAAACCCCUUCAUAUGUCUGAUAGAAAUGUGAGAAAUUCAUUGCACAUUUAAUAAAUGGAUUUGCCAGAAUCAAAUUGUGGGUUAUAAUAGAAACAGGGUCCUCAUUUCAGAGUUCAUUCUGCUCAGCCAACACAAUGAGGUCAUUCUCAUGACACCCCUGAGGGAGGUCUGAGGGGAAGGCAGGAGCUCCUGUACACCCACAGGAGCAGCGGUGUGGAGAAGGCAAAAGCUGGGAGCAAGAGGACUUACCUCUCCCACAUCCCAGAGUGCCCCGUGCCAUGAGGCCAGCAGCUGCUCUAAUGAGAGCAGCCACCACGGUCGGCAUGGCCACUCUUUCCCCCAGGUUGCUGCUGGAAAUGGUGGUGGGCUAGGCAGAAAAAUUAUUAAUCUAUUGAAUUCUUUGCCAUUGGAUGUGGUGAUGGCCACAGCUUGGAUGGCUUUAAAAGAGACUUAGACAAAUUCAUGGAGUACAGGUCUAUCAAUGGCUACUAGUCUGGUGGCUGUGGGCCACCUCUAGCUUCAGAGGAAUGAUGCCUCUCAAUACCAGUUGCAAGAGAUGUCUCUUGCCUGUGGGCUCCACAGAGACAUCUGGUGGGCCACUAUGUGAAACAGAUACUGGACUAGAUGGGGCUUGGACCUGAUCUAGCAGGGCUGUUCUUAUGUAGAAGUCUUUUUACCUCGGGGCAAUCAUUCAAACAGGUUCAUGUUGGGUUAAAAAGUCAGGCUACCCAAUUCUGGAGCAGCCAGAAGGCCCCUCAUCCCAGUGUUCCACAGGUAACCCAGGCUGUUCAUGUCGUGAGAACAGCCUCAAUGGCUUAUAGGAUCAGCCCAUUACCUGUGCUUGUUAUGGUACUUGUAUUCAGGUCUUUGCAACUGAGCUACUUCCUUCACAGUCAAUUCUGAGUGAUUUCUAUGAGGUAUGUAAUGGAAGAGCAGCAAUCCACCAUUCAUAAAUUUAGUAUAACUUAUUUUGGGGAGAGUAAGUGAAGGAGUAAAGAUCUUUUGUGAACUAUUUAUCAUUUUGUUUUGCCCUUCAUAUAGAACAUUUUCAACACCGAGCUGUGUGUCCAUCCAUCCUCUCACCUGCCCCUCUCAACUUUGCAAUGCCUGGGGGAAUGAACCAAAUUGGGUACAAUUGUAGGGACACAUAGGAACCUUUCAAUGGCAUAGUUUGUGAUGAUGUCAUUCACUCCAGUUCAAGAUGGCAGACAUGUAAAUGUUUGAGGCACAAGAGGGCUAACUUGGGGAGUGUAACCAAUUUGAACCAAAGUUGGUACAGUUGUACUGAGUGACACAAAGGGAAAUCUCAGUGAUGUAGUUUAUAAUGAUGUCAUCCAUCCAGAUUCAAGAUGGUGGACACACAAACGUUUGAGGCACAAGAGGGCUAACUUGUGAACAGCCUAACCUAUUUGAAUCAAGCUUGCUGCAGGUGUAAGGAUACAUAGGGAUGGCUCAAGGUCAUAGGCAGAUUAGUUCUUACCAGAACAACAUGUUUUAUUAUGUGCAUGUGUGCCACUGCCUACAUUUCACAAACCUAAGUUUAGAAGUAGAACACUCUUGGCCAUUGCAACUUUGCUUAUGGAGAAAUCAGAUAAUAAUCCAGUGCUCUGUAUUUGGGCAAUUGUUGGCAGUGGAUGCUUUGUGCUUUUCACUGAGCAGCAAAAAUGUACGGCUGAAUCAAAAUACUGAAAGGUGUCAAGCAAUUGUCAUUUAGAUCUUGAAUUAGUACUUAAAACGCUUGGUUAGAUUUACAUUUACUCUUCCAAAACUAAUCAGAGCAAUGAUUUGGGACCAUGGGAAUGGUCAUGUGUCACUAUGAUUGUCAAAUGCUGUCCCCAGAGAAACAUCAGGGACCAAAAGAUGGUUUUCUCUGUAACUGGUACAUAAGUAUCAGUUCUGUAGAUAAGAUGCCCUAGCAAGGAAUCUUGCAUAGUUUUUGUGCUUAGUUUCUUUAGAGCAUUUGUGCGUGGUGUACAUUUUGUGUACUAAUAUGUAAUCUAUUUUUAAAAAAACAAAUGUGGACAUCCAGGAGACUUGGCUUAAAAUGUACAUCUAUUGCUUUGUUUGAAACUGAGGAGCUGUUAAAGUGUCUCAAAGUGGAAUCUGAACUUGGAUGAUUUCCUCCUAUCUGGUGGAAUGCACUGUUCAGAGAGCAUAUAGGCCUAGCAUUCCAGUUGCUGUGACAUUUUAAAAAAUAUUAUACAUAAUUAUGAGGAAAACACUUCCUUGUAACAUAAUUGAAAGUUUGUGAUUGGUAUGGAUGAUGAUAUAGCUUAAAGUUGGUUUGCUGUACAUUAAAGCAUGCAGUGUAAAUUACCAAGAACGCUAUUUGUUAAAGGAAGGCUGGGGCAACCAAUGACACAUUUAUGGUGUGUUGUUGUUUUUUAAUUAUAAAUCGUGGGAAUUCUUCUCUGCAAGUUAAUCAUCAAUAAAAGUUUCAUUACAGAAGUGA